UUGCCAUACUUUCUUCACCAAGCAGUUGUUGAAUUUUUUUUCUCAGCAAAUUACAAAACAAAAUUUUCAGAUCAAUUUUUUUUUUUUUUUUUUGAGUCUUUAGAGUUAGUCAAAUACUAUGGCUACCUCCGUCUCACCCAUUGGAGCUGUUAACAAGGCACCGUUGAGUUUGAACAACUCUGUUGCUGGAACUUCAGUUCCAGCCACUGCCUUCUUUGGCAAAACCUUGAAGAAAGUGAACAACAAAGUUUCCAGCCCCAAGGUCUCAAACAAGAGCUUGAGAAUUGUUGCUCAAGAAAUCGAUGAGAAGAAACAGACCGAUGGGGACAGAUGGAAGGGUCUUAUUAUGGAUGCAUCCGAUGAUCAACAGGAUAUUGCAAGGGGUAAGGGUAUGGUUGACAGUCUUUUCCAGGCUCCUACGGGUCAAGGUACUCACCAUGCCAUUAUGAACUCCUACGAAUACCUCAGCCAAGGUCUUCGCCAAUACAACUUGGAUAACAAGUUGGAUGGAUUCUACAUCGCUCCUGCUUUCAUGGACAAGCUUGUUGUUCACAUCACCAAGAACUUCUUAAAACUGCCCAACAUCAAGGUUCCACUUAUCUUGGGUAUUUGGGGAGGAAAAGGUCAAGGUAAAUCAUUCCAAUGUGAGCUUGUCUUCAGAAAGAUGGGAAUCAACCCCAUUAUGAUGAGUGCCGGAGAAUUGGAAAGUGGAAAUGCUGGAGAGCCAGCCAAAUUGAUUAGGCAAAGAUACAGAGAAGCUGCCGAAAUCAUCAGGAAGGGAAACAUGUGUUGCCUCUUCAUCAACGAUCUUGAUGCAGGAGCCGGUAGAAUGGGUGGAACUACCCAAUACACUGUCAACAACCAGAUGGUGAAUGCCACUCUCAUGAACAUUGCUGACAACCCGACAAAUGUCCAGCUCCCCGGUAUGUACAACAAGCAAGAGAAUGCCAGGGUCCCUAUUAUUGUCACUGGUAACGACUUCUCUACAUUGUAUGCCCCUCUUAUCCGUGAUGGUCGUAUGGAGAAGUUCUACUGGGCACCAACCAGGGAGGACAGAAUUGGUGUUUGCAAGGGUAUUUUCAGAACUGAUAACGUGCCUGAUGAAGCUGUUGUCAAGAUCGUCGAUAGCUUCCCUGGACAAUCUAUCGACUUUUUCGGUGCUCUGAGGGCGAGAGUAUACGAUGAUGAAGUGAGGAAGUGGAUUGAAGGCACCGGAAUUGAACAGGUUGGAGAGAAGCUUUUGAACUCUAUCGAUGGACCACCAACUUUUGAGCAACCAAAGAUGACCCUCGAUAAGCUCCUCGAGUAUGGUAACAUGCUUGUCCAAGAGCAGGAGAAUGUUAAGAGAGUUCAAUUGGCUGACAAAUACCUCAAAGAGGCUGCACUUGGUGAUGCCAAUGCCGAUGCCAUCAACAACGGAGCCUUCUUAGCUAGUUAAGAAAUCUUCGUCGACUUAUAGCCUAAAACAGGAGGAAAAGAAGCACAUGUUGAUAUUCCUGUUGCUGAAGGCUCUACUGAUAUAAUUACAACAAAACUUGAUUCAACUUCUAUGGCUGAAGAUGGAAACUAUCUUUUCAAAUUUUGAUUGCACUUUUUUGGGAGUCUAUUUGAUAUGACCUGAAUUGUGUAUUUAUGAAAUCAGUUCUGUAAUGUUAAUACAAGAUUUGUUUUGAGUUUUUUGUAUCUAUGUAAUCAAUUUCUUGAA